AUGGUUGCGUUUUCGGGAUCUGGCGAUUCCAAACAGGCGACUAAUGCCUAUAAAGACAAGAGCAAGCCAGCUGAAAUAAGAAAAAGCAACAUCUCGGCUGCUAAAGCUGUUGCUGAUGCUAUCCGUACAAGUUUGGGUCCAAAGGGAAUGGAUAAAAUGAUCCAAUCGGCAAAUGGUGAAGUAGCUAUAACAAAUGAUGGUGCUACAAUUUUGAAACAAAUGAAUGUAAUACACCCAGCAGCAAAAAUGUUAGUUGAAUUGUCAAAUGCUCAAGAUGUUGAAGCAGGAGAUGGUACAACUAGUGUGGUUGUUAUCGCCGGAGCCCUAUUGGAAGCUUCUGAAAAACUUUUGCAAAAGGGUAUCCACCCUACUGGAAUUUCAGAUGGAUUCCAAAAAGCUGCUGCCAAAUCUAUCGAGAUUAUAAAAAAUAUGGCUACUCCCAUACUGCUAACUGAUCGAGAAAGUUUAGUUAAAAGUGCUUCAACUGCUUUAAAUUCUAAGGUGGUUUCACAACAAUCAUCAUUAUUAGCUCCUUUAGCUGUUGAUGCAGUUCUAAAAGUUGUCGAUCCUGCAAAAGAUACCAAUGUUGAUUUGAAGGAUAUAAAAGUUAUCAAAAAACUAGGAGGAACUGUUGAAGAUACCAAGUUAAUUGAUGGCCUAGUGUUUACACAAAAAUCUUCAAAUGUAAAUGGUCCAAGGAAAAUUGAGAAAGCUAAAAUAGGACUUAUCCAAUUUUGUAUAUCACCUCCAAAAACUGAUAAUCCAAUUGUUAUUGCACUGAUCUCUGUCUCGUGGCAUUCAACCCUUAAGGUUGAUUUCGCAGUUGACAUGCGCUCUCCACUCUUCAGUUUGGUGUAG